AUGGAGGAGGAAUUUGGGAUUACAUUAGUGAAGGCCAAAGAGAAACCCACUGGUGAAGCAUCAUCUUCACCAUCAUCACUUCUACCGUUGAGUCAUCUGACUAGUUAUGUACCUGCUGCAACAUGGAGCCAAAACGGCAGUAGUCCAGCUAGUAGUGGAGGGUCAGGCGGAUCAGGUGGUGAUUCUGCUGCACUAUCAACAUCAUCAUCAUCAACAGAUCGGACGGUUGUGAUUCCACAGCCAGUAAGACCAGUAGGAUCAUGUGUAACUGUGAAGUGUAUAACUGAAACAUUCGGUGAUCAAGAGAUAGGGUUAGGGUUUUUAGGAAGAACUGACGAAGAAAAAAAGAUUAAUCUAGAUAAAGACGCGUGUCCUGGAUUCAUAUCUGACAGUUUGAAUAGAGUGAGAUGGACCAACGAAGCGUACAGAAAACUAGUGAAUCAAGAUGGGUUCGGUUAUGGCGGAGAACAGAGACCGGAAAUGGUGUGGUUGGUAACGAAAGAUAACGAAUCUUUACCGUCGAGAUGUGAAGGGUUUGUUUGUAGGGUUAGAUUACAGUAUACGUGUAAGAAGGAGAGGCACUCGUUGAUUGUACUUUGUGAUGUUUGGGAAAUGAACGACAGUGGUGGUGGUUUUGCAUGGAGGUUAGAUGUUAAAGCUGCUUUGAGCUUAGGUCGUUAA